GUGUUCAUUCUAAGUUUCUAACUUCUAAUUUCUAAAACCCUUCUUCUACCCUCCUCCACUCCCCUAAUUUUGUUUCUUCCCGCAAUGAGUUCAGUCGCUGCUAGAAUUGUGAAGUUUCUGAGAGUCUCCUCUCCCGCGAAAGACGGCUCUUCAUUAGCGGUGGGCGUGCAAAGGAGCUCAAGGUCAUGGUGCUCUACUGUGUCAUUCGAUGGCGAGAAUGAUGCUGCCAAGAACAACGAAGGAGAAGUUGAUUUUGAUGAUUUUCUCGGUGACAAGCAAGAAUUACAACCCCAAGGGGUGGAUCCCAGAAGGGGCUGGGGUUUCCGUGGCGUGCACAAGGCAAUUAUUUGUGGCAAGGUUGGGCUAGCCCCUCUUCAGAAGAUCUUGAGAAAUGGCAAAACUGUGACCAUAUUUACAGUUGGAACAGGAGGCAUGUUUGACCAAAGGGUUGUGGGAGCAAAAGACUUGCCAAAACCAGCUCAGUGGCAUCGAAUUGCAGUGCAUAAUGGACCACUAGGGGCUUAUGCUGUUCAACAACUUGUGAAGAACUCUUCAGUUUAUGUUGAAGGUGACAUUGAAACUAGAGUCUACAAUGACAGCAUCAAUGGUGAAGUAAAAAAUGUUCCAGAGAUAUGUGUGCGUCAUGAUGGGAAGAUUCGCCUCAUAAAGACGGGCGAAAGUGUCAGCAAUAUUUCCUUCGAGGAACUGCGGGAGGGAUUGUUUUAGCAGGUGACUUUGGCAUGUUGUGGAAAUCUUAUUCUCAAAAAUGGGAGAGCAGCCUGAGGCUUCCAACUUUUGUGUGAAGAAAAUUUAUAUUGUCAUAGGUAGUCUGAGUUGUGUAACAUGGCAAAGACAAAUGCCCUGUUGUUUGUUUGUAACCCUAGGCUUCAUGGAUGAUUGAGCAAACUUCGUUGUUCUUUCACCUUAUGUUUUACCUUAAUGCCAUUGAUUCUUUGUCCCAUUGGCUCCAUGCAUGAAAGAGCUUGCUUGUUGAUUGCUUUGAAAGCAAAAA